AUUUAGGUAACAUCGUACCAAGCAGAACAAACAACUCUGGGCUACAAUAAAUCCUCUCGGUUGUUUGUAGAACAACGCCAGAACACAACACUUGAAAAUGAAUAGUUUAUGAAACAAUAGGACACGGAAACAACAAAAACAAGGUAUUCAUUUAAGAGAGAGACUAGCGAACAGCGAAAAAAUACAUUACGUGAGAGCAUCAAGUGGGCAUCUGAAGAAAAAAAAAAAAAAUAACCCGACAUAAAUCAAGUGGAAGCCACACGCAACUUCGCCCCCAACAACUGUUGCAAAAAUGACUUCUAGAGAUUAUAACCUCUGUGUCCUGACAUUGACAAUUGUGGCAUUGGUGGCGGGUCACAAGACAGCGGCAAAUAGUGUCCUGCGCACCAUACAUGGGCAAGCACAUCACCUGCAUAGUUGCACCAAGGAGAAGCUCUUGGAGUUUCCCGACUUUAGUGUCAUCACCGAGCUAAGUGUUCACAACUGUUAUGUCCCCUCACUGGAGAAUGCAUUCUUUAUACGCUUCUCUUCGCUGACCCAUUUGGAAAUUGUCGAUAGCCAGUUAUCCGAAUUGGAGGAUUAUGCCUUGCAUGGCCUAAGGCAAUUACGUUCGCUAUCCCUUGCCCACAACAACAUAACCGAGGUCAAGUCAUGGUCCAACGAACAAAUGACAGCCCUGACCAGCUUGGAUUUGAAAGGCAACAACAUACGCUAUUUAACUUUGAAGAGCUUCUUUCGCUACCCAAAUCUGCAACGUUUACAUUUGGCCGGAAAUCUCCUCGAUGAUAUCGAUGAUGGCAUUUUCCGAUGGAUGCCGCAUUUGAAGUAUUUAAAUUUGGGCCGCAAUCGUUUGAUCACUUUGGAUAAUCGCAAUUUCCAUGGUAUGCAUCGUCUGUCGUAUUUGGCAUUGCAUUUUAAUGAGAUACGAGAAAUUGAAUCGGCCUCAUUCGAUACGAAUUCACAUUUGAGGACGCUACGUUUGGAGGGGAAUUAUUUAAGGGAUUUGGAUUUUCUGAAAGUUAAAAGUCUAACGCGUUUGCAGCACUUGAAUUUGUCUUUUAAUCUUCUGGACACCUUGGAUGGGUUUGUCUUCUCGAAGGAAUUUGAGGUGGUAACACUGGAUUUGUCUCACAAUCAGCUGGAGGAAAUUACCGAGGAUGUAUUUCACGGCCUCGAGGCUUUGGAGCGUCUGAAUAUCAGCUACAACCUGCUGGAAAAUGUUCCCUCACAAAUAUUCCAGGAUCAGAGUAGCCUGGAAUAUUUAGAGAUGAGUCAUAAUAAAAUCUCUCAUUUACCACCGGAUGUUUUCAAUGCCACACGCCAGCUGCAGUACAUAGAUUUAUCGUACAAUCUGAUGAGUGACAUAAAUGCCAGCAUUUUCAAUGGCUUGUCAUUUUUGCGCGAUUUGGAUUUAUCCCAUAAUCAAUUGUCCCGCGAUGAAUUCAUAGAAAUGCUAGCCGAAAUUCCACUGCACAAUGAGUUGCAAUUGAAUUUGACAGCAAAUCAUUUUCGGCUACUGAAUAUUACGGCUUUGUUAAAUUUCGGACACGUCGAGUUGGCCGGUAAUUGGUGGAGCUGUAAAUGGUUGGUCCAAGAGAUGAUGCGCAUGCCGAAGAGUAUUAAUUUUGGUCAAACCUAUGCUGUGCAUACGGAAUGGAGUCUUUCGCUGCUGGAGACGAAUGGCAUCGAUUGCUACGAUGAGGAUAGGAAGCGGAGUAUUGUCAUUUUGGAUACAUCGAAAUUGUGGGAGCAGCGAAUGGAAUUGAUCACCAGUGAGCACCCCACCCCCUUGGAAACCCAUCCAUCGCCACCCCCUCUAUUCUGGCCCAAGAUACGCAUGGAUAAAUUCGACUCUCGCUCUGUGGUCAUAUGGAUGCUCAUUGCCAUUGCCUUGGCUUUUUCGGCUCUGAGAAUUGCCCGAAAAUUGGUCGAUCGCAAAGAGAGGCUUUCCAAACUGAAAAAGGCAAAGGACAAAUUACAGAAAAACGAACCCAAGUUGCCAACGUUGGAAGAAGCCGAAACAGAUAGUCUCACCGAUACAGAUGGCAAGGCCCCAGCGAAAGCAAAUCAUCGAUCGUAGCUGAGUUGAAAGAAAAAAUAAUUUAAAUUUUUAUUUAAAUUAGGAUUAAAUUUGAAUGUUGAUGUAUUCCCUCCCUUUCGUUGGUGUUUGAAUGUAAACGACAUUUUUUUUUUGCGAA